AUGGGCCCGGACGGCGGCGACAGGCAGGCUGCACCGCGGCCAAAGGCGAGCCAGACAUUUGGCAAGCGCAGCGGUGGCGUCCCUGAGGCGGGACCCCGCGUAGGCCAUGUCGGCAUCGACAGUGCAGCCCACGAUGAAAACGAGAGUGCAGGCAGCUCUGACGAUGAGUCGGAUGGCGGCUUGGAUACCGCUUCGAUUGCUACAUUGUACGCCGGGUCGGAUGCGGCCAACCCCAUCCGUCUGGACGACGAUGAGGCCGAGAACAACCAUCGCAGCGUCAGUCUCGGCCCGCCCUCGACGAUGCACCAUGCCGCGGCACUGGCGAUGCGCCCUCCGCCUGGUGCAGCUGUUUCACGGCGGUCCUCCUCGGUGACCGCUUCCACCGUGUCUGGGGCAUCGUCGGGCUCGCUGUUCGUCCCGGGAUCAGGCAUGCAGCGACGCGCGCGCCUCAUGCGGGCGCAGACGCAGGAGACGACGGCCAGCGACUUUCACGCUCGCGUCGCGGAGCAGAUUGGAGGCGGGCGGGUGACUAGUCACGAGGUGCGGUCGCAACUGGACCUCGGCGCCGUGGUCGAUCUCACGGCAGGCAGUGACGACGAGGACGCGGACGAGAGCAGCUCUGACGACAUGUCAGGUCGGCGAACUGAUGAUUCUCCAGGCCGAACUGACUCUACAGAGGUUGAUUCGAUGGAGGGCGACGAUGAAGACGAUGGUGGAGGUGCCCAUGGCGACCAUUCGCCUCGGCGUCACCCCCGGGUCGGCGACAAACGUCCUGUGGAUGCUGCUGGCAAUGUCCACUCGCCUCGGCGUCACCCCCAGGUCGGCGACAAACGUCCUGUGGACGCUGCUGGUAACAUCCACUCGCCCCGGGACCAUCCCCAGGUCGGCGACAAGCGUCCUGUGGAUGCUGAUGGUGUCGCUCACUCGCCGUCGAAGAGACUGCGGUCGGAAUGGUGA